CACCUGCCUGGCUACAUAAAGGGUUGGAUUUCGUGGGGUCUUCGAACCACACAGCGGACUGCCUGCGAGGGGCCCCACGUUCUGGUUUAAGGCCGUUCCACACCGGCUGCUUCCUCCCUCCCGCCCCCCAACUCCGCGGAGAGACUUGUCGGGCUGGUGGGACACACUGUUCCUUAUCCUUCCCAACAGUGGGAAGCGGCGUGGCUGGAAGGAGCUUUGGGAGAAUUUGGACCACCUGACCAGUAAGAACGAGCCCCGCCCCAUCUCCGCAGCGGCACCAGGGGCCCCGCCCCGCCACGUAGUCCGUGCCUGCGGCCGGCACAGCUACUGCCAGUCCCUUCCGCGCAGCCGUGGUGCCGCCGCUCUCGUGAUGAGCGGGCGCCCAGUCCCGACCCGCCCACUCCCUAAACGCCCCACACACCGCGUCCACACGCCCCGCCCCCCGCGGAGCGGAGCAUCCCGGGCCUGGAGCUUCCCUGGGCCUGGAGCACCCCGCGCCGGGCUCUGCGUGGGCGACGAUGAGGGUCUGGAGCUCGGAGCAUGUGUUCGGGUGAGCCGGCUGCGGCCGCACCACCCGUGGGACACAGUCAUCAAGGCUGCCAUGAGGAAGUACCCGAAUCCCAUGAACCCCAGUGUCGUGGGCGUCGACGUGCUGGAGCGCAGUGUGGACAGCCGGGGCCGGCUUCACAGCCACCGCCUCCUCAGCACUGAGUGGGGGCUGCCCAGCCUCGUGAGAGCGAUUUUGGGAACCAGUAGGACUUUGACAUACAUCAGAGAACAUUCUGUUGUGGAUCCAGUGGGAAAGAAAAUGGAGCUCUGUUCCACCAAUAUCACACUCACAAACUGGGUGUCGGUGAGCGAGAGGCUGGUGUACACACCCCACCCGGAGGACCCAGGAAGGACCGUGCUCACCCAAGAAGCCGUCAUCACCGUGAAGGGGAUCAGCCUCGGCAGCUAUCUGGAGAGUUUGAUGGCCAACACGAUAUCGUCCAACGCAAAGAAGAUGCCUCACCAAAAAAACCAUCAAAAAGCAGGAAAAGGAAGAGAAGAAGGAAGAAGCAAGUCUGGAGUGCGGUCCUGGCUGGGUUGGGAUAGGCGGGAGCUGCUGGGCCACAGCCUCCGCCAGCCUUGUCGGUCAUGAUCACACAGGGCAGGAGGCCCAGCUGGUGGUGGCGCCCGUGGAGCGAGGCCCGGGGAGCAGACCUGCUGGGAGGAGGCCGGGCCGCCGCUCUGCCCACUCCAUGCUGAGCCACGCACCUGCUCUGCCACCCGCGUCGGGUUUGCUCAGACGGCUGUGGGGCCUUAUCUGUCCUUCCUCAGCUCCAGCUCUCCUGCCGACUCUCGGGGUCUCACUAAAGAGCUUGUCUCUUUUCAGAGGACACCCCAUUUCCCUCACUCGCCCUUGAUCCACAGUCCCACUGCCGGUCUCUUCACACACAUCUGGCCACCAGUUGUCACCUCAGAGGCAGUUGACGUGUGUCCGUGUCUUACCCCUGUCACGGAUCUGCACACGCUAGAGUCGGGGCAACACAGGGACAGUUAGAAUUGGUGGGGAUAGCCGCAUGCUCUGCCCUUGGGCUGCAACUAGACUGUCCCGCCAUCCGGGGCCCCCGGCCGGACCGCAGCCUGUACUGCUCCUCACCACGCAGGCACCCACAGCCACUGUCAGGAGGUCGCAGCAAAAGGGCUGUGAUUUCAAGCUCUCAGCUGUCCUGUUAGCAUCAAGGUACCUCCCACUGGGAGUUCUAAUUUUCUCAUUUUCAAAAGUAAAAUGUAGUAUCUCUUUUAGUGUGUUUCAAAUUAUAAAAACUUUAGAGAAGCUCUCCGUAAAGGAUGGGUAGAACUAUAUUCUACUGUGGUUUUUUUAGGUACUGCUUUUUCUUUGAUAAUAGUACUUCCAAUCCAAAAUGAAAUUCAUUUUUAUUUUUAUGAGAGUAUUUUAUGCACAUAGCGUAAGGUGAAAUAGAGUUAAAAGUUUUAUGACAAAAACAAUCCCUCUUACCUCUUCUGCAAAGCACUCUUCUACCCUUCUGAGGGGACUGUUGACUCUUUUGAUAGUUUUGGCAUUUACUGUUAGAUUUCUAAAUAAAUAAGCAUAUUCUGCUAUUUCUUGAUUCAACAAUUUUAGACUUUAUCUGCUGACUUCCUGCCAUGGUAGAUGGUUAUUUUCUCUCUUAAAUCUUCUUCCCCUCUCCCAUUUCUCCAAUGUAGCUAUAUUGUAACUUAUUGUUAAAAGCACAUUGGUUCCAUAAUUAAAACAUACAUAACUAUGUAUAACAUAGUAACCUAACCUAACCUAACCUAACAUACAUAACCAAGUGAAAAAGUGUACUGUAAUUACAUUUUCUUUCUUUUUAAAAAAAUUAUUUAUUUAUUUUGGCUGCGCCGGGUCUUAUUUGUGGCAUGUGGGAUCUUCACUGCGGCACGCAGGAUCUUUAGUUGUGGCAUGAGGACUUCUUAGUUGCGGCAUGUGGGAUCCAGUUCCCUGACCAGGGAUUGAACCUCGGCCCCCUGCAUCGGGAGCACGGACUCUUACCCACUGGACCACCAGGGAAGUUCCUACAUUUUCUUUCUUACGUAGCUUUUUUCUCCUUGAAGGUAGUAACUGUCUUAUCCUCUUCAUCUGUUUAAUCUUAUUUUUAGAAGUCUCUGGCUGAGUCCCCCACACUCUUCACCUCUUCACCUGCUCUCUGCAGCACCUUGUGACAUCCUUUUCCAAGGUCAGACCCUGUAGGUAGCACACCCCUUUCUCAUUUCUCUGGUGCUGUACUUCCUGGAGGCCAGUCUUGCUCUCUCUGACCAGCAGCUGUGUGGCUGUCAUCCCUCCUGGCCAUUUCCUCGGCCUGUCUCCCCUCCUGGAGCCCUUGUCUCCUGGCCUCCCUGCCUUCCUCUCUCUGUUUCUUACCACAGGAUGGGGAAGGACACGCCAUAGUAGCUUCCAAGAUUUGGCACAUCUGAAAAUGUGCCUUCUGUUCCCACUCUUCACUCAAAGCUUGGUUGGACAUACAGCUGUAGAUAAAAAUACUUUCAGAAUUUGGAAGGCACUGCUCCAUCGUUUUCCACUCCAAUUCCUGAGCCUCUGUAUGUGGCUUUUUUUUUCUCUCUGAAAGCUUUCAGGAUCUCUUUGUCUCUGAUGUGAAAUUUCAUACAGCUAAGCCUUGCUUGAAGUGAUCUUUUUUAAAGCUCUCUGUGCUGCACUAUGUGUGUUAAAUUCCUGGUUUUGAUGCUGCACUACAAUUAUGUAAAACGUUACUGAGGGACGUUGGCUGUUCCUGUACUACCUUUGCAGCUUCCAGUAAGUCUACAUUAAUUUCAAAAUCAAAGGUUAAAAAAAUACAUAAAUAGUGACUUCAUGGAAAAUGGUAGAGGUGGGUGCUCCCACUUCUGAAACAAAUCAAUGAACAGUCCUCCCAUUGAAACAGUCAAUAAACUGGCAAGAAAAAAUAUGACAGAAUCAACUUUUGUAGAACUCUGGAUUCUAGUCAAAUACCUAAACCAACAAGUGGGGCGCAGAAUGAAUCUUGAUUAACCCACCCUGCAGAUUUUGGACUUCGCAGCCUCCAAAAGUAGAGCAGCCAAUUCCUUAAAAUAAAUCCCUGUGUGUAUGUGAGUGUGUGUGUGUGUGUGUGUGUGUGUAUGUGUAUACACACACACACACACACACACAUUCUAUUGGUUCUGUUUCUCUGGAGAACCCUGACUAAUACACUAUUGAAGCUAAAACUGGUAUCAAUUCAAACUAGAUUUUUAUGAAUUUAAGAUGAAAUUAUAAUUACCAGAAUACACAGUAAGAAAAUAACUAAAAACUAUAUAAAAAAUAAAACAAAGGGGGAAUCAAAAUGUUAUACUAGAAGAAAAUCAAACAUAAUAGGAAGCAGUGAAGAAAGAAUUCAGGAACAAAAGUUGUGAAAUUUAUAGAAAACAAAUAGCAAAAUGUAAGAAGUUAGUACAUCUUUAACAUUUACUUUAAAGGUAACUGGAUUAAGUUUACCAAUUAAAAGACAGAGAUUGGCAGAAUGGAUGAAAAAACAUGAUCCUACUAUAUAUCCUGCCUAUAAAAGACUCACUUUAAAGCCAAAGAGAUAAAUAGGUUAAAUGUGAAAGGAUGGAAAAAGAUAUUCCAUGAAAAUGGUAACUAAAAGAGAGCUGAGCUGGGUGGCCACACUAAUAUCAGAAAAAAUGGACUUUAAGGCAAAAAUUGUUACAAAAGGCAAAGAAAGAUAUAUAUAUAUACCACACUACAGAACCCCCAAAUAUAUGCAGCAAACAUUAGCAGAAGAGAGAAAUAGACAAUUCUAUGAUAGAGACUUCAAUAGUCCAUUUUCAAUAAUGGAUAGAAUGUCCAUUAUUGGAUAGACAGAAGAUCAGUAAAUAAAUGGAGGAUUUGAAGUACACUGUAAACCAACUUGACCUAACAUAUAGAACACUUCACUCAAUAACAGUAGAAUACACAUUCUUCUCAAGAGCACAUGGAAUAUUCUCCAGGAUAGACCAUAUGUUAGGCCAAAAACCAAGUGUCAGUAAAUUUAAGAAGACUGAAAUCAUAGAAAGUAUCUUUUGUGAUCAUAAUGAAGUUAGAAAUGAAGUUAGAAAUCAAUAGCUUAAGGAAAACUGGAAAAUUCACAAAUGUGGAAUUUAAAAAAUGUAUAUCUAACAACAAGUGAGUCAAAGAAGAAAUUAUAAGUGAAAUCAUAAAAUGGGAUGAAUGUAAAUGAAAACAACAUAUUAAAACUUAUGCAGUGAGAGCAGUGCUCAGAUGGAAAUUCAUAGUUACAAACACAUACGUUAAAAAAAGAGGAAAGCUGUCAAAUCAUUAAUCUGACUUUAAGGACAUAGAAAGUGAAGAAGAAGCUAAAUCCAUGGCUUGCAGAAGGAAAGAAAUGAUAAAGAUUAGAGAGGAGAUGAAAUAGAAACUAGGAAAAUAUAGAAUUAUUGAAACCAAAAGUUGUUUUGAGAAGAUUAACAAAAUUGACAAACCUUUGGUUAGACUGACCAAGAACAAAAGAGGAUUCAAAAUAAAAAAAUCAGAAUUGAAAGUGGGGGCAUUACUACAGACCUUACAGAAGUAAAAGGAUAUAAGAAAAUACAGGCAUACCUCAUUUUAUUGCAUUUCACUUUACUGCACUUUGCAGAUACUGCAUUUUAUUUUUACAAAUUGAAGGUUUAUGGCACCUCUGCCUCAAGCAAGUCUGUUGGCACCAUUUUUCCAAUAGCAUUUGCUCACAUCAUGUCUCUGUGUCAUGGUUUGGUAAUUCUUGAAAUAUUUCAAACUUUUUCAUUAUAUUUGUUACGGGGAUCUGUUAUCAGUGAUCUUUGAUGUCACUACUACAACAUGCUGAAGGCUCAGAUAAUUAGCAUUUUUUAGCAAUAAAGUAUUUUUAAAUUAAAGUAUGUAUAUAUAUUUUUAGAUAUAAUGGUAUUGCAUACUUAAUAUACUACAGUAUAGUAUAAAAUUAACUUUAUAUACACUGGGAAACCAAAAAUUUCUUGUGACUCGCUUUAUUGUGAUAUUCGCUUUAUUUUCAUGGUCUGAAAUUGAACCUGCCAUAUCUCCAAGUUAUGCCUGCCUGUACUAUGAACGAUUAUACCAGAACAAAUGAGAUAACCUAAGUGAGAUGGACAAAUUUCUAGAAACACACAACUUACCAAAACUGAUUCAGGAAGAAACAGAAAAUCUCAACAGGCCUGUAACACGUAGAGAUUGAAUCAGUAAUUAAAAGCCUCCCAACAAAGAAAAGUCCAAACAUUAAAGAAGAAUUAACAAUCCUUCACAAACUUUUCCAAAAAAACAGAGGAGGGAAUACAUCCUAACAUUCUGAGAGACCGGUAUUAGCCUGAUACUAAAAUUAGGCAAAGACACCCCCAGAAAAUAAAACUACAUACUGAUAUCCUUUAAGAAUAUUGAUGCAAAAAUCCUUAACAAAAUACUUGUAAGCUGAGUAGGAAACAGAGAAUAGGAAAAUAAUAGAAUUAUUAAACCAGAGUUGUUUUGUUGAAAAGAUUAACAAAAUUGACAAACCUUCCAACUUUUCCACUAGUUUUUGUCUUGGCAAACUGUAUUCUAGAUUUCUAAAUCUUUCCUGUUCAUUAUGGCAUCCUGUCCUUGCUUCCCUCCUGUCUAUAGAGAUGAGUGUGAAGGGAGCUUUCCUCUGUGUCUGUCUGUGUUGGGGGCUUUACUCUGACACAGUCAGCGCGAAGCAUUGCCCUCUACACUGGGUGACUCUUUUUUGCAGUGAACCUCUUGUUCCAUGACCUCUAGGUAACUCUGUAUAAUCUCAUAGAGGUAAUGGUCUAAACUUGUCAUGUAGGGAGUUCUGUUCUAGAGGGAGACAUGAAUAUUUGUCAUUUUGGAAACCAUGGUUUUAAAAAAUAUAUGUAUAUACAUACAUUUUUAUUGCAGUAUAGUUGAUUUACAGUAUUUUAUAUAAGUUUCAGGUGUACUACAUAGUGAUUCACAAUUUUUAAUGGUUAUAUUCCAUUUAUAGUUAUUAUAAAAUAUUGAGUAUAUUCCCUAUGCUGUACCAUAUAUCCUUAUUGCUUCUCUAUUUUAUACGUAGUAGAUUGUUCCUCUUAAUCCCCCACCCCUAUCGCGCCCCUUCCCUCUCCCCACUGGUAACCUCUAGUUUUCUGUAUCUGUGAGUCUGUGCAAACCACAUUUUUGAAGUGGAGAUAAAAGUGCCAGAAAGGGUGGAUUCUUGUGAGUCUUCUACAAUGGCUAUGGUGUGCAGAAAUUCCCUGCGUAGUUUUGGAGGAAGAUUGCAUUUUUAGGGCAAGGACAGUUGUAAAUGUCAGUUAUUUGGACUCUUUAAUUUUCUGGUAGACUGAAGUUGGGUAAAAAUAAGCACAUGCAUGUGCUGGGUUUUUAUUCUCCUAUGUUUUCCAUUAUCAAUACAUUUUUUUCUUGGGGGGUGUUAGUCAUUAAGAAAGCAGUAGUGAUUAUCUUCAAAAUUUGUUUAGUGCAAAAGUGUUUGGCUUUGUAACUUUCAGUUUGGUCUGGAAGUGGAUUCAAUAUUUAUUUGUAUUUGGAAUUCACCAUUAGUACAGUAGCAAAUGUUGUCUGACAGAAUACACGAAGCUGUGUGGAUGGCCGUGUGAAACUUAACCUUGAUUUCUAAUUUGAGAAAUACUCUCUGCUAGUGUUUCUUAAUGAGUAUCUGUCAACACUGCUGUUGCACUGACCUUCAGAAGGUACCCCCAGCACCCAGGGUCGGCCCCUCUCCUGAGAUGACCUAGGCAGGAGGCUGGAGAAGGUGAGCGCGGUGGGACCUGACCGAGGCCUUCUUCCCCGGGAGGAUCCUCACUGCUAUUCUCUCAGCCGGGUCACAAGGCCUUGGAGUGGGUUAUCGGCUGUGUGAACUCAGAGCUGGAGGGGCUGGCAGCCCCCGCCUGCGCCAGGGCUUGAAGCACCACUGGCACCUGGCCUUGUGGUUCCCUGCACCCAGGACAGGAGACACAGAGUCCGGGCAGCAAGUUGACAGCCGGGGCUGUACACACACGCUCUACAUGUGUGUCUGAGGGAACAUUCGUGGUUACUGCAUGCGUGCCUGGGGACACUGAGGAGAAGGACUCUGGAAAGGGGCUGAAUUUGCUACAUUCGGGCCUGUCGUUCACCUUUACCUUUCUUUUUUUGGUGGAAAGAUUUUUUGUUUAAGAAGUUAAACUUUUGAUAUCCCUUUCCUAGAAACCAAAGUAUCAGGGUGAAAAAGGAAUGGCUUUCUCACACUCUGUAACCUCCCACAUUCAAAUGGAAAGUUCUUGUGGGUGCUGAUCCGCAGGUUUGCUGGGUGGAUAUUUGCCUCGGAUUCUCAGGAAGGAUGACCUGUCAGAGGGCGGGAGCAGGUUUUAAACGUGAGAGCCUGAGGUUGGCCUUGGAGCUUGUUAACAUGACACAUUCCAGGCCGUCAGCCCCGGGGCUCCUGCCAGGUCCAGCUGUGACUGCUCAGACCAGGCCUGGCGCUCCGUGCCCCAGGAGCCCUGUGCUCCGUCAGGGGCUGGGCGUGGCCUCUGCCCAACCUCCGCCGACCUGCCCGUACUCAAGUCUCGUGUUCUACAAACAUCACUUAAUUUGUCAGACUUCAUUAUCUCCCACUGACCACAGACCUUAGAUUUAAUUACGGACAUGUGUUUUUAAUUAUAUAUAUACAGUAACAUAAAGAAAGCAUCCUUAUUUCAUUUUAGUUUCUGAACAUGAAAUGGGAUACAUUUUUAUGUUUAACCAAACCAACCAGUUUAGUGUUUUAGAGAAAUGUGUAUCAGGAGGAGGUAUUUAUUUUGACAAUGUAUUACUUGUGUAAGGUUUAUUUUUUUGCCAAAAGCAUAGAAAGAAAUCCAGAAUUCUGCUGCCUUUCCUCAGUUUCCUGUGUUACAUCCCUGUUAUUGUGGCCCUGAAGUCUGGUAGGAAUAAAGUUGAAAUGCACUAGUUACUGUGUCAAAUAUGCAGAUAAACCAGAAGUUACUGGGCUGAUGUUCAAGAGAAACCGAGAGUAUUUUCCGGAAGCUGGGCCCCAGGCCAUCCCGUGGUCUGUGUAGGCGCCAGCCUCCUGGUCGGGUGGCCCUGCCUCGCUGUUACUGUAGAAGCAGUGCCAGGGGCUCUGGGAUCAGAGGCCUCUCUUCUUGUAGGAAAAGCAAUGGUGCUGAAUAUCCUUUGAAGAGUCUUCUGCCCAUUUGGCAUUAGAACCAACCGUUGCAAGUGUCUCUGAUUUGAGCCAGUGCCUUUUGGCUUUGUAAGAGUGGGUAACUGCGCCAGCAUUUCUGUCCUCAUGUUAAGUAACGGGGUGCUUUGAUGUAGGAGUUACCUGCCGGGUGUCUGUUACAAGUUCCAUUUUCUUCCAGAGUAGUCUUCCCUAGCGGACCUCCACUUACGGCUAGGCCUUAGUGAAUGCCCAUAUAUUAAGAACAGAUUUUCACAGGUUCUGUUACAACUUCAGUAUCCAAAGGAGAGGCAGGGUUGUUCUGGUGACUCUGGCGGCUAGGGAGAGAGCACUUCGCCAGCCCACUGUGGGGCUAAAGGCGUGCGGGAGUGAACCGGGCAGACCACGUGACCUCUGAGCUUUGUUCCUGUCUGUAAAGUGUGGACACUGGGACCUACCUCAAAGUAUCCAACCAGAAAGUGAGGUGAAGGCCUCAUGGCUCCCGGUCCACAGCGCUGUUUCUGCCUGUGCUGGCCUGUCGCUGGGCUGCAGAGUCCCUUGAGGGGACCACUGGUGGGGCUGGAAUUGGGAACACUGGGCUUCACUGAUGGAACAUACUUUUUUUUUUAACAAUGGUAUGUUUUGUUUUUUAAAAAAACUUUUAUAAUCACUAGUAAGAGUUAACUAUCAACAGUGAAAGAGGCAGGCAGUAAGAAAUGAAUGGACACUGACUCAGUAGUGAAUUGGAUUUCUGGCCUUGACUUCUCAUCACGUUCUAUGCUUGUGUUUUCAGCUGUUAUAGGACAGUUUGCUUAGGGCAGGAGUUGGCAAACCACAGCCCAUGAGGUGGGAAUGGUUUUUGUAUCUUUAAGGGUUGUAAAUAAACCCCUCCACUCAGGAGCGUACGUAACAGAGACCUAAGAGGCCCACGAAGGCUGAAAUAUUUACCGUCUGGCCUUUUACAGAAAAAGUUUCUGUAAAGCCAACCCCUUUCUUAGAAAUUCCACCGUAUCUUUCAAUCAACAUAAAUAAAACUAAAUUUGGUCUCUUCCACCAAACUGCUUUCCUCUCCCUGCUUUCUAAUCAGUGCUCCUUCCAUUUCCCAAGUACAAAACCUGAGGAAUUUGAGACGAUGGACAUUUAGGUUGCAUCCAUGUCUAGGCCAUUGUAAAUAGUGCUGCAGUGAGCAUUGGGGUGCAUGUAUCUUUUCGAAUUAUGACUUUCUCCGGAUAUAUGCCCAGGAGUGGGAUCGUUGGAUCAUAUGGUAACUCUGUUUUUAGUUUAAGGAAGCUCCAUACUGUUCUCCAUAUUGGUUGUAACAACUCACAUUCCCCACAACAGUGUACCAGGGUUCCCUUUCUCCACACCCUCUCUAGCAUUUACUGUUUGUAGACUUUUUGAUGAUGGCCAUUCUGACAAAAGUGAUACCUCAUUGUAGUUUUGAUUUGCAUUCCUCUAAUAAUUAGUGAUGUUGAUGUCUUUUUAUGUGUUUUUUGGCCAUUUCUUUGUCUUCUUUGGAGAAAUGUCUAUUUAGAUCUUCUGCCCAUUUGUGAUCGGGUUGUUUGGUUUCUUUUUUUUUUUUUUUUUUGAUAUAGAGCUGCAUGAGCUGUUUGUAUAUUUUGGAGAUUAAUACUUUGUUGGUCACUUUGUUGGCAAAUGGGGUUGGCAACACCAUUCUGUGGGUUGUCUUUUCAUUUUGUUUAUGCUGUGCAAAAGCUUUCAAGUUUAAUUAGGUCCCAUUUGUUUAUUUUUGUUUUUAUUUUCAUUACUUCUACAAGGUGGAUCAAAGAAGACAUUGCUGCAAUUUAUGUCAAAGAGUGUUCUGCCUAUGUUUUCCUCUAGGAGUUUUAUAAUGUCCAGACUUACAUUUAGGUCUUUGAUCCAUUCUGAGUUUAUUUUUGUGUAUGCUGUUAGAGAGUGUUAUAAUUUCAUUCUUUUACAUGUAGCUGUUCAGUUUUCCCAGCACCAUUUAUUGAAGAGACUGUCUUUUCUCCACUGUAUGUUCUUGCCUCCUCUGUCAUAGAUAAAUUGACCAUAGGUACAUAGGUUUAUUUUUGGGCUUUCUAUCCUGUUCCAUUGAUCUAUCUUUCUGUUUUUGCACCAGUACCAUACUGUUUUGAUGACUGUAGCUUUGUAGUAUAGUCUGAAGUUAGGGAGCCUGAUUCCUCCAGCUCCAUUUUUCUUUCUCAGGAUUGCUUUGGCUAUUCGGGGUCUUUUGUGUUUCCAUACAAAUUUAAAAAUUUUUUGUUCUAGUUCUGCGAAAAAUGCCUUUGGUAAUUUUUUUUCUGGCUGUGCCCGACGGCAUGUGGGAUCUUAGUUCCCUGACAAGGGAUAAAAUCUGUGCCCCCUGCAUUGGAAGUGUGGAGCCUUAACCACUGGACUACCAGGGAAGUCCGCCAUUGGUAAUUUGAUAGGGAUUGCUCUGAAUCUGUAGAUUGCUUUGGGUAGUAUAGUCAUUUUGACAAUAUUGAUUCUUCCAAUCAAGAACAUGGUAUAUCUUUCCAUCUAUUUGUGUGAUCUUCAAUUUCUUUCAUCAGCAUCUUAUAGUUUUCAGAGUAAAGGUCUUUUGUCUUCUCAGGUAUGUUUACUCCUACAUAUAUAUAUAUAUAUAUAUAUUUUUUUUUUUAAGAUCUAUUAUUUAUUUAUUUUUGGCUGCAUUGGGUCUUCGUUGUGUCAUGCGGGAUCUUUCAUUGUGGCACGUGGGCUCUUCAUUGUGGUGCACGGGGUUCUCUCUAGUUGUGGCAUGUGGGUUUUCUCUUCUCUAGUUGUGGUGCGCAGGCUCCAGAACGUGUGGGCUCUGUAGUUUGCGGCAUGCAGGCUCUAGUUGAGGUGCGCAAGCUCAGUAGUUGUGGCAUGUGGGCUUAGUUGCCCUGCGGCAUGUGGGAUCCAAUUUUCCCGACCAGGGAUGGAACCAAAGUCCCCUGCACUGUAAGGCGGAUUCUUUACCACUGGACCACCAGGGAAGUCCCUAUUGCUAUUUUAUUCUUUUUGACGUGAUGGUAAAUGGGAUUGUUUCCUUAAUUUCUCUUUCUGAUCUUUUGCUGUUAGUAUGUAGGAAUGCAAGAGAUUUCUGUGUAUUAAUUUUGUAUCCUGCAACUUUACUGAAUUCACUGAUGAGCUCUAGUAGUUUUCUGGUAGCAUCUUUAGGAUUUUCUAUGUAUAGUAUCAUGUCAUCUGCAAACAGUGACAGUUUUACUUCUUUUCCCGUUUGGAUCCCUUUUAUUUCUUUUUCUUCUCUGACUGCCGUGGCUAGGACUUCCACUAGUAUAUUGAAUAAAAGUCAUGACAGUGGACAGCCUUGUCUUAUUCCUGAUCUUGGAGGGAAUGCUUUCAGCUUUUCACUGUUGAGAAUGAUGUUAGCUCUGGGUUUGUUGUAAAUGGCGUUUAUUAUGUUGAGGUAAGUUCCCUCUAUGCCCACUCUCACUGGAAUCAAAACCAAGGUCUAGGCAUUGGCCCAGAUGAUUCUGAUUCAGGUGUCAUCAGACCACACUUUGGGGCAUAUUGGGUCCCCUCCCUCCUCUGAACCCACCUUGAAAUCUACUUCCAUGAAGGUGUUCUUGACUGACACCAGCUCACAGCUUACUACAAAUACCUAGACAUUUAUAUUGCUUUGGAUUUUUUCGAACUAUUUACACAUGUAUUUGACCAGGAGCCAAGAUGAGAUGUUUACUUUGCAUGCACAGCCCUGGGCAUUCACUGGGUGCUUGGUGACAUGAGGACUGGAUUCAGAAUCAUAGCCCUUGGUGGGAAAAGCAGGUGGAAACACAGCAGGGUCGUGAGCACAGCAUCGGAAGUGGUGACCUCAGGUGUGAUGCUGGGCUAGUGGUUUGACCUUGGGCAGAUGACCACCUUGCUAUUCCUGUUUUUCAGAUGUAAAAGAGGGUAUGCAUAGCACCUGCUUACAGUUGAGUAUCAGAGUUGUGGCUGAGGGUGCUUUGCACAGUACCUGAUAUAGAAAAGUGCUUGAAACCAAGCAAGACCCUGCAGGACCUUUGUGGUGACAGACCCCACCCUCCCAUGUCCCCUGCCUCUUGUUUGUAGAAAAGCUUUAGCCUCCUAGGCCUUCCCCAAUUUCCAAAGAGCAAAUUUAAUCAGGGAAGUGAGAAAAUGCAGAAACAAAUGAAAACAGUCAAGCAAGUCAAAGUAAUGAUAAUUUAGCCAUUAAAUGAACUCAAGGACCUUUAGUUCCUCCGCAAGGGCUAUAAGUAAUAUCCUGAACUAUAUCCUGAGUUGUUUUGCAGAUACUAAAUCCUCACCAGGUGGAGAAGUUAACUGCAUGUUGACCACAAGCACAUAGACCCCUAGAGCGGUUAGAAUCAGAAGGUUGAUGAUGUUAACUGCUGAAAUACCACCCUGUUACCUCAUCACCCACCGAAUCAGACAAAUGUCCACAGGCUGAUAUGGCACCCAUGACCCUCUCCCUCACCUUGCCUUUAAAAACCCUUGCCUGAAGGACAUCAGGGAGUUUGGGUCUUUUGGUCACAAGCUACCCAUUCUCCUUGCUUAGCCCCAUGCUGGGUGCCUUGCAAUAAAUGCUGUACUUUCCUUCACCACAACCCAGUGUCAGUAGGUUGGCUUUGCUGCAUGUUGGGCGAGCAAACCCAAGUUUGGCUGGAAAACAAUUUUGGUGACCCAGGUGGGCCUUCCAUCCCAAGUGGGCAUCUUGCCAAUGGCACACUGGCCCCUGGCCAUUGGCAGUUCAUGGAUCCUGUCCAGCAGCUGCCUGAGCACUUUUUUCUAAGGCGCAGUCCCAAGUGCUUGCACUGACUGGACAUUCCUGGCCCAUGGCAGUUUUGAUUCCAUGGUGAUGGAAACAAGGCUCUGGUCCUGAUCUGGUUUGGUCUGUGAGACCUCUCUGGUAAGUGGCAGAACUUCCUAUGUGACUACACCAUGGUAUUCUUCCCUACUGGGUUGCCUUGCUUGGAAUUUUCCUUUUGGCGGGGGCUGUGUGGAGGGGAGACGUAAAACUUGGUCAUCUGGUUUUAAGUGGAGUGCCACUUUAAUUGGAUUUCCCCUUCUGGGUCGAGGAGUCCCUCAGCCAUCCAGCACAGCCUGAGUGGUAAUUGGAAAACUCCCUGUUAGACCAAGGCUGAUCUGCACCCCUGUCUGGAAUUCCAGAUAAGAAACUUUCCAUUCUCAUGCUAGGGAACUACAACCCUGAAAGGCCACCAGCCAACACUGCCGGGUUCUGAUGUGUUUCUGGAAAUAUCCACAAAAUGAGAAAAAAGGGGGGGGGGGGAGGAAUCGGAGCUCUAUUCCAUCUCAUAGUCCCCUGGGAUGUAAUUUGCAAAACUGGGAGAGCUUUAGUUAUGCUCCUACGAAGAGAUAGAAAGAAAAUGAUUUUUCCAACACUGUGUGGCCACAAUAUUCUUUAGACUUGAGAAAAAUUCCAAAACUGGUUCUUUUUUUACUCAGAGAAAACUGACUUGAUAAAAUAUUUUUUCAAAAUUCUGACCCUGAGAGAACAAAAGUAUUCCUAGGAGAAAGCUUUAAGUUAUAACUCUUAUCAUGUCCUUGGAAUGCAAACACAGUCCACAAUGCCUGAGACUACAGCCUUGGGUUAAUCAGUAGAACCUGAAACUGAAAGGAAAAAAGGGAAAAGAGGCUUAAAAUUCAAGUGAGUAAACUUACUCCAACUGUUAUUUAUAAACUAAUGAGUUUUAUAAUGUCUGAUUCAUGACUAAGUUUUAAAAUAAAGCUAUGAGAUCUCUGAUUCUGUCUUCAUGUAAAAAUGAAUCUAUGAAUGAGCUCUAUUUAAUUUGCUUAAAGGAAAUUAAGUGCUUAUAUAAAUUCUCAGAAAUACAACAGAAACUCUCAUGUGAUCUGGGGAAUAUUCAAUAUUAAAUUAAUAUCUGGCAUUAAAGUUACAGUUUGUUGGUUUAAUUAAUACAGAAAUGUCUUUAGAGUCAUCAAUAUUAAAUAUAAUACUUUUAUCAUACCUAGAUUUAAUAGAAGCCAAAUAAGUUCAUAUUAUAUCUGCUGUAAAAUUUGUCAGCAAAAAAAUUAACUUGGUAUGAUGAUAUUUUCAUAAGCUCUGAAAUAGAGAUAAAUGGGAUAGAAGCUUUUAGGUGAACUCUUUAGGAAUAAUUACGCUUUCAUUUCUCCAGAGGUUGGUAACUUGAAAUUUUAGAAUUUUACUAAAUUAAGGUAAAUUAUGAGAAUUCAUUGAAUGUCUAGAUCAUUUUUAAUUAAGAUAAAAUACUGGAAUAUUGAUUGCUAGGCAAGUCUAAGUUUGCCUAUCUUCUUAUGAGAGAAAAGCUAAAAACAUGUUUAUUAGACAAACGUCUUGGACCAUGUUAAAAGAAAGAAAUUAUGCUAUGAGAAAAUGUAUGUUUUUAAAGGUUAUGGAAUGUUUUCAUUAAAUGUGCCAGUGAGGAAAUGCUGAUGUAAGAAACAGUUCACAAUUGCUUGCUUCUUGGUUUUUGCUAGAGAAUAAGGUUUUUAAAACUUAAAAAUUACAAUAUAUAUGCAAUUAAACUACUAAAGAUAGUAAAGGAAGCUUUACAAUAUGUAAAGAAAGUAGUAUAUAUGUUGUCAAUGAGAGAAGGUAUAAAGAAUGGAAAUAUUUUGUUAAGUGAAAAAAAGAGUAAUUUUAUCCUAGAGCUGGUUGUUUCUGGAUGAGAAAGAAAAUAAGGGACAAACUAAUAUGGAUACAGAAAGUGAUAGAAUGUUUGUGGAAAAGGAACCUUAAGGAAAGAGUUUUGUUCAUGGUCAACAUUGGCUAAGAUUAGAUUCAAUUUAAUUAAGUAAAUAAAUUUUGUUACUAAAAGUAGGCUGGUACAAACUGGAGUUUGAUUUUCUCUGUUAAGAGAAUAAAGUAUUCCUGCAAUAUUGAGCUGCUUUUGAUGACAUAUUGUAAGCUUCAUAGGUUUUUCUUUCUCUGGCUAACUUUGGGAUGUUUCAAAGGGCCCGUAAAGCAUCUCAGUGAGAAAUAUUAAACUAAUUAGAAUUAUUUGGUAUAUUAAAUUACAUGAGAAGCAUUCGCAAAUGAGUGGUGAUGAACAUUCUUAGGUUAUACUGUAUGGAUAAAUGUCAUUAGUGUAAGUGUUCUAGAAAUUAUAUGAAGUUCCUAAAAUUUGAAUGUGUCCUGAUAUUCUGUUAUCAGUCAAUUUUAGCUAUUAUCUUAAAAUGCUGUAUAUCAACUUGGUUAAGUUUGUCCAAUUGCAUUUUUUUUUAAUUUAUUUAUUUUAUUUAUUUUUGGCUGGGUUGGGUGUUCGUUGCUGCACGCAGGCUUUCUCUAGUUGUGGAGAGCAGGGGCUACUCUUCGUUGCGGUGUGUGGGCUUCUCAUUGCUGUGGCUUCUCUUGUUGUGGAACACAGGCCCCAGGCACGCAGGCUUCAGUAGUUGCAGCACGUGGUCUCAGUAGUUGUGGCUCACGGGCUCCAGAGCACAGGCUCAGCAGUUGUGGCACACAGGCUUAGCUGUUCCGUGGCAUGUGGGAUCUUCCCAGACCAGGGCUCGAACCCGGGUCCCCUGCAUUGGCAGGCAGAUUCUCAACCACUGCGCCACCAGGGAAGCCCUCCAAUUGCAUUUUAAUCAGAUCUUUCCCUGUGCCUUUUUAAGUCUUUUUUCAUCCAUGGAGAGUUAUUGUUUCACUCUGAUGCUUUUGCAAAAAUGCUUCAUCUUCAAGACGAUUCAUAGAAAGCACUUUUGGACAAGUACAGGUUUCUGAUAACUUUUAGAUCAUAUAGCUGAACUCGGUAAGAAAUUAAAGAAUUAUAAUAGAAACCCAAAUGACCUCAUAAAACUGUUUACCAAAUGUUUGUCUCCCUAUCAAAAUGGAAAGAAAAUUCUCUAGUAAAGUUGUCACAGAGUAUAACUAAUCAUGACAUGUAUCACUACUUGUUUUAAGUCUGUUGUUAGAAGCACAUGUACAAUGUUUAUGAGACAAUUCAGUAUAAUUGAUAAAAUGUAUAGCCUAUAAAAUGCUUCCCCAUUAAUCUAGCUCUGAGCUUGUUUACUGUCAGUUUUCCCCCAAUGUGGACAACUAGGCAAAUGUGUGUACACACAAAAGUAGGCCUUGCACUGAAGGACAGGAUAACCAGGGUAGGCAACUACCACCCUGGCAUCGAGGGAAAAAUAUUUUGAUCAUCAAUGCUUUCUAUAGAUUUGCAAUCAAAAGGGGAAAAUGAUGGAGGAAAUUCUCACAUAUUGAGGUAGGGGGAUGUCAUUCUGGCGUACACAUGAUUUAACUUGAAUUUUAGGCUAAUCAAAACAGUCUGUUUAUGGCCUAUUAAACAUAAAUCAUACAUCCGCUUUAACCAUUAAAUGAAAUAAUGCAUUUAAAAAAAUAGAAUAACCAUGGUUCAGGCAUCCAAAUGGAGCUGGGUGUCUGUUGUGGACAUGGUUUCAGAUGUGUUCCUGUAUUAUCCCUUAAAUUUUCUGAAUUGUAUCAGAAUCAAGGAUACCACCAGCUGUUCUCAAAACAUUAUCUGCUAGCAGCUUCCACCUUAUGGUCAUAAGGUCUCCUCUUGUAACUGUGAAACCUUUCUCUUACUUGAGGAAUAGUAAUGGCAAAUGAGACAAUUCAAGACGUAGCCUCCCAGCAGAAGGCACUACAUUCUUUAACAAGAAUAAUACGAGAAAAUAAAAUAGCUUUAAAUUUUGUUUUAGCAAAAAAGGAGAUAUAUGUGUAAUGGCCAGUAGCUCCUGCUAUGUAUAUAUUAACACCCCGGAAAAAGUGAAACCCAAAUAAAUAGAAUCAUUCUGAAGGUUACUUGGUUACAGAAUGUAUGUAAAGAGGAAUGACCCACUUCAAAACUUAUGUUUUCUGAUUGCUAUCUGGAAUAGGAAGACUCUUUCAGGGACUACUACCAGGGUGUGCAGUUUGGUCAUUAUCAUCACUGUAAUAUGAGUACUAAUUUUCAAAUAUUUGUUCAGGUGCUAUGACAAAGGAAUCAGGGACUUCCCUGGUGGUCCAGUGGUUAAGACUCCCAUGUUUCCACUGCAGGGGGGCACAGGUUCAAUCCCUGGUCAGGGAAUUAAGAUCCUGCGUGCUAUGCUGUGCGGUGAAAAAAAAAAAAAGACAAAGCAAUCAGAGAGGUAAUAUUUUUCAUAAUACAAAAUAUUGAUGCUAAGCUUGAGACUUGAGAAUUCUUUAAAAUUAAAGUCAAUGAAAGAUUUGACAGCCAAUAUAGUGGAGUAGAAAGACCCUGAGCUCACCUCCUCUGACGAGCAUGCCAAAAUCACAACUAUCUGCAGAACAACCAUUGACGAAAAAGACUGGAACCUACCAGAAAAGGUCUUCUAAAACAACCCCAACAAGCCAGGAGAGGCAUACACAUGAUAUAAUCAAAAUUCCAUACCCCUCCCUUGGGUGGGCAACACACACCUGGAAAAUAAUUAUAUUGCAGAGGUUCUCCUACAGCAAUGAGAGUUCUGAGCCCCACGUCAGGCUCCCCAGUCUGGAGGUCCAGCACCAGCAAGAUGAGCCCCCAGAGCAUUUGGCUUUGAAGGCCAGCAGGGCUUAACUGGAGGAGACCCACAGGACUGGGGAAAUAAGAGACUUCACUCUUAAAGGGUGCACACAAAACCUCAUGCAUACUGGGACCCAGGGUGAAAGCAGUAAUUUGAUAGGAGCCUGGGCCAGACCUACCUGCAAGUCUUGAAGAGUCUCCUGGAAAGGUGGGGGGUGGCUGCAGCUCACCCUGGAGACAGACACUGGGGGCAGACAUAGUGGGGAACUUUCAGCUGUGUGAACACUACUGAGGCUGGUGGCUGACAUCUUGGAUCAUUAGUGCCAAGACCUGGCCCCACCAAACAGCCUGCAGGUGCCAGUGCUGGGACACCUACCAAAGGCCACUUCUCCAAGGUCAAGAAAUGUAACCAACCUACCACAUACAUAAAAAUACAAAUAGCAACUUAGACAAAAUGAUGCGGCAGAAGAUUAUGUUCCAGACGAAGGAAAAAGAUAAAACCCCAGAAGAAGAACUAAGUGAAGUGGAGAUAGGUAAUCUACCCGAGAAAGAGUUCAGAGUAGAGAUGAUCAAAAGAACUCUGGAGGGGAAUGGAUGCACAGAGCGAGAAGUUAGAAGUUUUUCACAAAGAAUUAGAAAACAGAACAACCAGAGAUGAAGAAUACAGUAACUGAAAUGAAAAAUACACGAGAAGGAAUCAAUAGUAGACUAAAUGAUUCAGAAGAACGUAUCAAUGAGCUAGAAGACAGAGUAGCAGAAAUCACUGCCACUGAACACAAAAAAGUAAAAAUGAAAAGAAAUGGGGACAAUUUGAGACCUCUGGGACAAUAUCAAGUGCACUAGUAGGGGUCCCAGAAGGAGAAGAGAGGGAGAAAGGGCCUGAGAAAAUACAUGAAGAGAUAAUAGCUGAAAACCUCCCUAACCUGGGAAAGGAAAGAGUUACCCAAGAUCAGGAAAGAGGAACACACCAAGACACAUGGUAGUCAAAAUGACAAAAUUUAUAAAAGAUAGAAUAUGAAAAGCAGCAAAUAACACACAAAGCAGCUCCCAUAAGGCUAUCAGCUGACUUUUCAGCAGAAACUCUGCAGGCCAGAAGGGACUGGCACAAUAUAUUUAAAGUGAUAAAAGGGGAAAACCUACAACCAAGAAUACUCUACCCAGCAAGGCUCUCAUUCAUAUUUGAUGGAGAAAUCAAAAAUUUUACAGACAAGCAAAAGCUAAAAGAAUUCAGCACCGCCACACCAGUUUUACAACAAAUGUUAAAGGAAGUUCUCUAGGUGAAAAAUAAAAGGCCACAGCUAGAAACAAGUAAGUUGCAGAAUGAAAAAGCUCACCAGUAAAGACAAACAUACAGUAAAGGUAGGAAAUCAUCCACACACAAAGCUAGAAGGGAGGUUAAAAGACAAAAGUAGUAAAAUUAUCCAUAUCCACAAUAAGCAGUUAAGGGAUAACAAAAACAAUUAGAUGUAAAAUAUGAUAUCAAAAACAGUAAUUGUGAGGGGAGGAGAGUACAAAUGCAGGGUAUUUAAAAUGCAUUGGAAAUUAAGAGAUCAGCAACUUAAGAUAAUCAUGUACAUAUAAAUACUGCUAUACCAAAACCUCAUGGUAACCACAAGCCAAAAAUCUGUAAUAGAUAAACACACAGAAAAAGGAAUCCAGACAUAAUACUAAAGAUAGUCAUCAAAUCACAACAGAACAAAGGAAAGAAAGAGGGAAAAAAAAGACCUACAAAAACAAAUCCAAAAUAAUUAAUGGGACUUCCCUGGUGGUCCAGUGGUUAAGACUAUGUGCUUCUACCUCAGGGGACGUGGGUUCAAUCCCUGGCCAAGGAACUAAGAUCCCACAUGCUGCACAAACAAAAACAAACAAAAACAAUGGCAGUAAGAACAUAUGUACUGAUAACUACAUUGAAUGUAAAUGGACUAAAUCCUCCAACCAAGAGACACAGACUGGCUAAAUGGAUACAAAAACAAGACCCAUAUAUAUGCUACCUACAAGAGACUCACUUCAGAUCUAGAAAUUCAUACAGACUGAAAAUGAGGGGAUGGAAAAAGGUGUUCCACGCAAAUGGAAAUCAAAAGAAAGCGAGAGUAACAAUACUUACAUCAGACAAAAUAGGCUUUAAAUUGAAGACUGUUACAAGAGACAAAGAGGGAUGCUACGUAAGAAAAUAUAACAAUUGUAAACAUAUAGGCAACCAAAAUAGGAGCACCUCAAUAUAUAAGGCAAAUAUUAACAGACAUAAAAGGAGAAAGUGUCAGUAACACAAUAGUAGUGGGGGACCAUAAUACCCCACUUACAUCAACGGCCAACUCAUCCAGACAGAAAAUCAAUAAGAAAACACAGGCCUUAAAUAACAUAUUAGACCAACUUGACUUGAUUGAUAUUGAUAGAGCAUUCCAUCCAAAAGCAGCAGAAUACACAUUUUUUCCAACUGCACAUGGAACAUUCUCCAGGAUAGAUCACAUGCUAGGUCACAAAACAAGCCUUGGUAUAUUUAAGAUAAUUGAAAUCACACAAGCAUCUUUUCCAACCACAACACUAUGAGACUAGAAAUGAACUACAAAAAAAAAAACACAAAACCUGCAAGAAACCCAAACAGGUGGAAGCUAAACAACAUGCCACUAAACAACCAGUGGCUCACUGAAGAAAUCAAAGAGGAAGUUAAAAAAAUACCCAGAGACAAAUGAAAAUGAAAACACAGUGACCCAAAAACCUAUAGGACACAGCAAAAGCAGUUCUAAGAAGGAAGGUUAUAAAGAUACAAGCUUACCUCAGGAAACAAGUAAAGUCUCAAACAGCCUAAUUUUACACCUAAAGCAACUAGAGAAAGAAGAACAAACAAAACCCAAAGUUAGUAAAAGGAAAGAAAUCAUAAAGAUCAGAGCAGAAAUAAAUGAAAUAGAGACUAAAACAAAAAAACAAAAAACAACAGAAAAGAUCAAUGAAACCAAAAGCUGGUUCUUUGAAAAGAUAAAUAAAAUUGAUAAACCUUUAACCAGACUCAUCAAGAAAAAGGGCCCAAAUUAAUAAAACCACAAAUGAAAAAGAAGUUACAACCAAUACCAUAGAAAUACAAAGGAUCAUAAGAGACUACUACAAGCAACUAUAUGCCAAUAAAAUGGACAACCUAGAAGAAAUGGACAAAUUCUUAGAAAGGUACAAUCUCCCAAGACUGAACAAGGAAGAAUUAGAAUAUGAACAGACCAAUUACCAAUACUAAAAUUGAAUAAGUAAUUUAAAAACUCCCCCAAAAGUCCAGGACCAGAUGGCUUCUUCACAGGUGAAUUAGUGAAGAGUUAACACCCAUCCUUCUGAAACUAUUCAGAAAAAUUGCAGAGGAAGGAACACUUCCAAACUCAUUCUGUGACGCCACAAUCACCCUGAUGCCAAAACCAGACAAAGAUAUCACACUCAAAAAAAGAAAAUUACAGGCCAUUAUCACUGAUGAACAUAGAUGUAAAACUCAACAAAAUACUAGUGAACUGACUCCAACAAUACAUUAAAAGGAUCAUACACCAUGGUCAAGUGGGAUUUAUCCCAGGGAUGCAAGUAUUUCUCAACGUCCAUGAAUCAACCAAUGCAAUAUAACAUAUUAACAAACUGAAGAAUAAAAAACAUUUGAUCAUCUCAGUAGAUGCAGAAAAAGCUUUUGAUAAAAUUCAACAUCCACUUAUAAACUCUUCAGAAAGUGGGCAUAGAGAGAACAAACCUCAACAUAAUAAACGCCAUAUAUGACAAACUCAUACACAACAGCUAAUAUCAUACUUAACAGUGAAAAGCUAAAACCAUUCCCUAUAAGAUAAGGAACAAGACAAGGAUGACCACACUUGCCACUUUUAUUCAACAUAGUUUUGGAAGUCCUAGCCAUGGCAAUCAGAGAAGAAAAUGAAAUAAAAGGGAUCCAAACUGGAAGGGAAGAGGUAAAACUGUCACUGUUUGCAGAUGACAUACUAUACAUAGAAAAUCCUAAAGAUGCCACCUGAAAACUAGAGCUCAUCAAUGAAUGUGGUAAAGUUGCAGGGUACAAAAUUAAUACACAGAAAUCUGUUGCAUUUCUAUAGAUUAACAAUGAACUAUCAGAAAGAGAAAUUAAGGAAACAAUCCUAUGUACCAUUGCAUCAAAAAGAAUAAAAUACUUAGGUAUAAACCUACCUAAGGAGGCAAAAGACUGUACUCUGAAAACUAUAGGACACUGAUGAAAGAAAUUGAAGACCACACAGAUGGAAAGAUUUGGUGUGUUCUUGGAUUGGAAGACUUAAUAUUGUUAAAAUGACUGUACUACCCAAAGUAAUCUACAGAUUCAGUGAAAUCCCUAUCAAAUUACCAAUGGCAUUUUUCACAGGAUUAGAACAAAAAAAUUUUUUUUAUUAGAACAAAUUUUUUUUUUAAUUUGUAUGGAAACAGAAAAGACCCUGAAUAGCCAGAACAAUCUUGGGAAAGAAUGGAGCUAGAGCAAUCAUGCUUCCUGACUUCAGACUAUACUACAAAGCUACAGUCAUCAAAACAGUAUGGUACUGGCACAGAAACAGACACAUAGAUCAAUGGAACAGGAUACAUAGCCCAGAAAUAAACCCAUGAACUUAUGGUCAAUUAAUCUAUGACAAAGGAGGCAAGAAUAUACAAUAGAGAAAAGACAGUCUUUUCAAUAAGUGAUGCUGGGAAAACUGGACAGUUACAGCUAAAAGAAUGAAAUUAGAACAUUCUCUAACACCAUAUACAAAAAUAAACUCAAAAUGGAUUAAAGACCUAAAUGUAAGACUAGACACUAUAAAACUACUAGAGGAAAACAUAGGCAGAAUGCUCUUUGACAUAAAUCACAGCAAUAUGUUUUUGGAUCCGUUUCCUGGAGUAAUGGAAACAAAAGCAGAAAUAAAUAAACUAAUUAAACUUAAAAGCUUUUGCACAGCAAAGGAAACCAUAAACAAAACGAACAGACAACCUAUGGAAUGGGAGAAAAUUUUGCAAAUGAUGCAACUGACAAGGGAUUGAUUUCCAAAAUAUACAAAUAGCUCAUACAAUUCAAUAACAAAAAAACCCAAACAACCCAAUAAAAAAAUGGGCAGAACACAACUGCUGAGCCUGCGCUCUAGAGCCUGCGAGCCACAACUGCUGGGCCCGGGUGCCACAACUGCUGAAGCCUGCGUGCCUGGAGCCCAUGCUCCGCAACAGGAGAGGCCACCACAGUGAGAAGCCCGCUCACUACAACGGAGAGUAGCCCCCACUCGCCGCAACCAGAGAAAGCCUGCACACAGCAACAAAGACCAACAGAGCCAAAAAUAAAUAAAUAAAUUUAUUUAAAAAAAAUGGGCAGAAGAUCUAAAUAGACAUUUCUCCAAAGAAGACAUACAGAUGGCCAACAGGCACGUGAAAAGAUGCUCAACAUCACUAAUUAUUAGAGAAAUGUAAAUCAAAACUACAAUGAGGUAUCACCUCACACUGGUCAGAAUGGCCAUCAUCAAAAAAUCUACAAAUAAUAAAUGCUGGAGAGGUUGUGGGAGAAAGGGAACCCUCUUACACUGUUUUGGCAGGAAUGUAAAUUGGUGCAGCCACUACAGAGAACAGUAUGGAGGUUCCUUAAAAAACUAAAAACAGAGUUACCAUAUGAUCCAACAAUCCCAUUCCUGGGCAUAUAUCUGGAAAAGAUAAAAACUCUAAUUCAAAGAGAUACAUGCACCCCAGUGUUCAUAGCAGAACUAUUUACAGUAGCCAAGACAUGGAAGCAACCUAAAUGUCCAUCAAUGGAUGGAUGAAUAAAGAAGCUGUGGUACAUACAUACAGUGGAAUAUUACUCAGCCAUAAAAAAGAGUGAAAUAAUGCCAUCUGCAACAACAAGGAUGGACCUAAAGAUUAUCAUACUAAGUGAAGUCAGAGAAAGACAAAUAUCAUGCAUCACUUAUAUGUGGAAAAAAUGAUACAAAUGAACUUAUAUACAAACAGAAAUAGACCCACAGACAUAGAAAACAAACUUACAGUUACCAAAGGGGAAUGGGGGUGAGGGAUAAAUUAGGAUUUGGGGAUUAACAUAUACACACUACUAUAUAUAAAACAGAUAACCAACUGUAUAGCACAGAGAACUAUACUCAGUAUAUUGUAAUAAGCUAUAAGGGAAAAGAAUCUGAAAAUGAAUACGUGUGUGUGUGUAUACACACACCCAUGUAUAACUGAAUUACUUUGUUGUACACCUGAAACACUGUAAAGCAAUUAUACCUUAACUUUAAAAAAUAAUGAAGUCAAUGACUUUAUCUCCUCUUAUCCUGAAAAUUUGGCUUUGCCCCCAUUCAGCAGUUAGUAGCCAGAGCACUCAUCAUCCCUGUUCCCCUCAGGAUUGAGGAAUAUCAAAGAAAAGGGGGGACUGAAACCGGGCAGGACCCUGUGGGGCCUUCCUUGUGACAGAUCCCACCCUCCUGUGUCCCCUGCCUCUUGUUUGUAGAAAAGUUUUAGCCUCCUAGGCCUUCCCCAAUUUCCAAACAGAUUUAAUCAGAGAAGUGAGAAAAUGCAGAAACAAAGUAAAACAGUUAAGCAAGUCAAAACAAUAGUUUAGCCAUAAAACAAAGUCAAGGACCUUUAGUUCUUCCUCAAGGGCAAUAGAAAAUAUCCUGAGUCAUAUCCUGAGUUGUUUUGCAGAUACUAAAUCCCCCACCAGGUGGAGAAGUUAACUACACGCUGACCAUCGGCACACAGACCCCCCAGAGUGGUCGGAACCAGAAGGUUGAUGGUGUUGACUCCUGAAAUACCACCCUGUUACCUCACCACCCACCAAUCAAACAAACGUCCACAAGUUGAUUAGGCACCCUGACCCUCUCCCUCACCUUGCUUUUAAAAAUGCUUACCUGAAAGCCAUCAGAGAGUUCGGGUCUUUUGAUCAUGAGCUGCCCAUUCUCCUUGCCUGGCCCUAUGUUGGGUGCCCUGCGCUAACUGCCACACUUCCCUUCACAACCCAGUGUCAGUAGAUUAGCUUUGCUGUGUCAGGCGAGUGAAAUCACGUUUGGUUCAGUAGUUCUGUAACAUGCUCAAUUAUUGGUAGCUAUCAUUAGCUACUAAAAAUCAGCAAAAUAUUUUAAAAGUUAUUAAUAGUAACAGCACAAAAUAUCUAAUCUCAUAAAGCUUACCUUUUUGUGUGUGUGUGUGUGGUACGCGGGCCUCUCACUGUUGUGGCCUCUCCCGUUGCGAAGCAUAGGCUCCGGACGCGCAGGCUCAGCGGCCACGGCUCACGGGCCCAGCCGCUCCGCGGCAUGUGGGAUCCUCCCGGACCGGGGCACGAACCCGUGUCCCCUACGUCGGCAGGCGGACUCUCAACCACUGCGCCACCAGGGAAGCCCAUAAAGCUUACCUUUUAUCUUCCCUUAUUUUCUUUUCUUGGCCAAAUUAUUUUAAUAUGACAAAUUUGAAAUCAUUUAAUAUAUUUUAUUUCAGCCCAGUUGGCACAUAAAUUUUAAUCAAAGUAUUAUGAUUACUACCAUACUAUGAGAGGGGCAAGUAGUAAAAAGGUAAUGAGUACGAGCUCAGUGCUGAUAAACAUAUGCUUUGCAUUUAUGUAGUGGCUUCGAUUAUGGGUCUUUAACAUCUGCCCAUCAAUUUGUUAAUGGAAAAAACCUGGGUCAGGAGGCUGGGCUGUACAUGGUGGCUCCACCCAGGGGCUCUGGAAGUGGAAGAAUGCCUGGAGAGGAACUGUGAUGAGUGGCAUUUACAAGAGUGGGGUCGGAAACCCAGACUGGCAAGUAGGGUUUCUGCGAGCUGCAGGUAACCAACAGAUGCAUGAGCUGCUGACUCAAGCCUCCCUAUUCUAAUUGCCCACGUUAGGCCUGCAGUGAUUUGUUGACUUAGGAUUGUACUCCUGCCUUAAAGGAAAAACACAGGGCUGUACGUGGCCCUUACGUGUUAAAGAGCACAGACUACACACUGUGUCAGCUGUUUUGAAGACGUUGAUGGUUCCAUCUUUGUAUUGCUGACUUUUUCUCAUUUCCAUAUUGAACCUGCUCAUUCAUUGACUCCACAAACAUUUAUUGAGCACCUGUUGUUGCAUGCCAGAUAGUUUUCCAAAUCUAGGGACGUGGUGGUAAAGAAAUCUGACAAAUAUCCGUGUCUUCAUGGAAACAAUGUAAUAGAUGCUGACUGCAGUGGAGAAAAAGAAGAUGCAGGAGGAGUAGGAAGGGCAGGAAGCACUGCAGAGACAUGGCAGUCGAGAAGCUAUUAGAAGCAGCCCCUGGCCGGGGAGGAAGCCCCGUCUGUAGAGCUGUGAGACAGAACCAGAGAGUAAACGACUGUGUGAAUGACACAAGGGCUCCAUCCCAGCUAUUGGACCUGUUCAGUGAUGGAACUUGGCAGAGCAUAAGCAUCUGCCUAGCCCUCGACGUGUUUCAUCAGGGCUGAGAACUGCGAGGGCCAAAGAGACAAGCUUCUUGGCUGGGGGUCCCAUUACCACACACGGGAGGUGUGUAGACUGGGGACCCCUGUAGCUGUGGUAACUAUUUCUUUGAUCAAGCUGGACAGCAAGAGUUGUCUGUACUUUUGUUUCCACUUAACACAAUUAAAAGUCUGUUACAUGCAGUCAUCCCUCCAGCUACUUGCUUCCCUUUACGUCUUGACAAGAGCACACGUCACACUGUAGGAACAGAGACCUGCCAAGACAGACCAUGUCUUUCCAUCGUGCAGGGCUGGGAGAUGAACCACCAGUAACCGGAUGGUGCCAACACAAAGUGGCGGGUGCAGAGGUGUGUGUUUGGGUUUUUUUGGUCUGUUGUUAAUAUGUCAACUCAUCUUUCUGUUUUGUUUUGUUUUGUUUUUUAAUUUUGGGAGAUGGACGCAGGUUCUUUAUGGCAAAUAGUAAAACUGAACUUGCCUUUGCCUCCCCAAGUUUCAAAUAAAUGCAGCAUAUACUGUU